AGAGCCGGCGGCUGGACCGCGGCCCCUCCGGUACCGGUCCCGGCUCGGUGCCCUCCCGGUCCCGCCGAGCCGCCGCCUGCCCGCGCCGUACGACAGGGGCAGCCAUGGGCAAGCACAGCAGCAAGCUGGCCCCGGAGAUGCUGGAUGACUUGGUGAGGAGCACAGAGUUCAGUGAGCAGGAGCUGAAGCAGUGGUACAAGGGCUUCCUCAAGGACUGUCCCACUGGCAUCCUCAACCUGGAGGAGUUCCAGCAGCUCUACAUCAAGUUCUUCCCCUAUGGAGAUGCCUCCAAGUUUGCCCAGCACGCUUUCCGCACCUUUGACAAGAAUGGUGAUGGGACCAUCGACUUCAGGGAGUUCAUCUGUGCCCUGUCUGUUACCUCCAGGGGCACCUUUGAGCAGAAACUCAACUGGGCCUUUGAGAUGUACGACCUGGAUGGGGAUGGGAAGAUCACACGCUUGGAGAUGCUGGAGAUCAUUGAGGCCAUUUACAAGAUGGUGGGGACUGUGAUCAUGAUGAGGAUGAACCAAGAUGGGCUGACGCCCCAGCAGCGUGUUGACAAGAUCUUCACAAAGAUGGACAAGGACAAGGAUGACCAGAUCUCCCUGGAGGAGUUUAAGGAGGCAGCAAAGAGUGACCCCUCCAUAGUCCUCCUCCUGCAGUGUGACAUGCAGAAAUAGAGCCCUGGGGGCUCAUUGCUGGACUGGCUUCAGCCAACCUCUGCUCCCCAUGAUGGUUUUCAUCCCUGUUUCCUGCUGAGUUCCCCCUGUGCCUGCUUGGCCCCAGGUGUGAGCCAUGCUCCAUCCCUUCUGCCACCCAACCGCCUCUGUUCCCCGCUGUGUCCUGGGCAGCCCACUGCUUGUGGGCUGUAGUUGUCCCUCAAUGGGUAGAGCCUGUUCUGGGUAUUGCUGGCUUGAGGUUACCCCCAAAUCACCCCUCUCCCGUCCCGGAGCUGGACUCCCUGUGGCCAGUGGUGAGCAUCCUGGCUCCCCAGGGCCAACUGUUCCCUUGUCCCUGCUACUUUCUCCCUGCUUUCCCCAGCUGCUCUACCUGGCCUAUUCCCUGAUCCUAACUGAAACCAGCUCUUUCCUCUUUCUGCUGAUCCCCCCUUCAUUGUUUGUGAUGCCUCCAGGGAGGCUGAAAAGUUCCAAGUCCUGGCCUUCAUCUCUUCUUCACUGGCAAUUCCCUGCAAGGCUGCCCGGAGGGGCCAGGGCUGGCCCCAGGGUGCUGGAGAGCUCAGGCAGGGUGCUGCACCCUCACUGAGGGCUUGCUGCCUUAGCUCCCUCUGCCCGGCUUUAGCUUUUCCACAUCUGCUUUUGCAUCUGGGAACAGCCAGGGUUUGUCAGGGGACUUUAGACGAGAGCAGAAGUGUCCAAGGCCACCCCUGGAUGUGGCCAGUGUCUGAUCCCAGAAGUCACCUUCCGCCCCACUGCCUGUGUGAGCUGGCAGAGCAAGUGGGUGACCUCCACAACUGCCCUGGCAGCAUCUUGGAUGCUUCAUGGAGUUUCUGGCCUUCCUGGAUAUUGAUGUGAUGCUUGGGGUCCCAAACUGAAGGCAGGGGCUGCGUGACUCCUCUGUGGGCUGUCCUGGGACACGGUUGGGAUUGUGGGUGUUGAAGGCAUGUCCUGCUGCUGCUUCUGGGGAAUGGUGGGUCCUGGAUUGGGGCUGUGGAUGGGUCCUAUGCCUGCUAAGACUCUUGGCAAGGCUCUGCAGCCACAAGAAACAUGUCUAUCUCUUCCUUCCCCCAUCCCAGCCUGCUGCCUCUGUCCCUCCUGCCCCAGGACAGGAAUAUUGUUACAAGUUGAUAUUUAGUCUGCACAUUGUGAUGUUGAUGACUGUAAUAUCUGUUAGGAGAUGGUGAAGUUGUUAUUUAUUUUUUUAAUGGAAAAAUAAACUGUCCUACAGGU